CUGAACCGGUGCACCGGGAGAAAUUUCUAGAUGCUGCAUUUAGAAUUUACAUUGAAUUUUUAAGAAAAGAGUAUAAUAUUACAUUCUUAUGUGCAUAUUGUGUGUGCAAAAUUAGGUGCUAAUAGCCGUAGUCACAAUACCAAGGGCAAGGAAGUCGGGGCUGGAGUUUGCCCCCUCGUUCGAUUUCCAUUGAGAGAUAAGCAAAGGAAAGAUGCUAAGUUUAAACGACUCAAAUAAGUUUGAAUGGUGGGUGAAAAUUCGAAAUCCCAAGGAUAUAUUGGAGAAGCAUCCCACCUUCUUGCUAGUAGAAGUGUAUAUGAUAAUCAAUGCCAUAUUGUGCCUGUGUCAUGCUCUUCGUAAUGGUGGGCGGUACAAAUGGUUAUGGUUGGCUUGUCUUCUCCAGGGAUUAACAACAGAAAUGGUCAGCUAUUUCCUACCAGAUAUAGAUAACUUUUGGCAUGCCCAGGGAAUCGUGAUGUUUGCAGGGCAGCGUUUACCAUUGUAUAUCAUGGUAUUAUAUACAUUCUUUUACUACACAGCUGUUGUCGGAGUAUCCCACCUCAGACUCCCCUGGUGGGCAGAACCAUUUGCUGUGGGUAUAUCUGUUGUCUUGAUUGACAUACCUUAUGAUAUUAUGGGCAUUAAGCUGUUAUGGUGGACCUGGCAUGACACAGACCCUAACAUCUAUGACCGUCAUUACUGGGUCCCCUGGACCAGUUACUACUUCCAUGCAACCUUUGCUGCAGGAAUGACGUUUGUAUUCUAUGGAGUCCACAGGCUGCUGGCAAAGAAUGAAGAAAAACUUCAAAGUGCCGGAUUUUUGAAAGAGGCCCUGGCUUGCUUUCUAGCCGGUACUUUAGGCAUGCCUCUUGGAGUAAUCCAGUUUUUACCGGUGUAUCAUCCUCUCCAUGAUAGUAACGAGAUCCACACAGAGGUUUGUGUCUGGAUCCAGAUGGCUGUGUACGUCAUGAUUAUGUGGGCUGGCGAUCGAAAGGCAGCUGUCAAAAGGCAUGAGCUGCAGGAAAAAGAGAAAAAUAAACAGGAGAAGAGAUCCUACUUUAAUGAAGUUAUCUUGGCUCUGGUCAUCCACUACUCCAUGUACAUCUUCCUGGUGUUUACAGCCAAGCCAGAGAACCAGGUUUCGGUUGGCUUGCAUGAAACCAUUGGUUCAUGUCAGGAAACCACCCCUGUAUACACUGCCUUUGGUCAUGUUUUGGAGAAGCAUAAAUACCUCUGUGUUGACAAGUACGAUGAGGCCAUUUUUGAUUUCCAUUGUACAAAGAAGCUACCCAAACCUGGGCAGAGCUGGUACACCAUCUGUGGCACCAAGUUCCCUAACCAUGUGGAAUAUAUUGUCAUCGUCUGCGGUGCCUGUUUAUUUGGUAUGGCCUACUACUGGCAGCUUCUGGUGUGCUCUGGCUCACAGCCAUCUGGUUCAAAAUUAUCCGGUUCACAAUUAUCUGGUUCACAAUCUUCUGGCUCGCAAUCAUCAGGUCAAAAGAAGAAAAAGGUCAAACAGAAUUAAAAAUUAUGUUUAAAUUACUUGUAAAACAUGUGCUUAACAUAAAAUGGUAAAGCACAUUACCAUUCUUGGUACUUACUCUGUUAUGGAUAAAUUUUUUGGUAUGAUUCUUGUUUGUUUGUUUGGUUUUUUUUUUUGAUUUGCUGCUUGAAAGGUUAUGUUUAUAUUAAAUUAUUUUAUGCAUUGAAUACUUGCCUUUCCAUUUAAUCAGCUAUAUUGAAUAUAGAUGAUUUGAAUGUUUUGUAAAUUCUCAUUUUGAUUGAAUUCCAGAAUAAAUAAUUGAAAUUAUUUUUAUGCAUUGAAUAUUUGCCUUUCCAUUCAAUCAGCUGUAUUGAAUAUAGAUGAAUUUGAAUGUUUCAUAAAAUAAAUUUCAGGCAAAUAUUGUACACACUUUAUAUGAUACAUUUACACUAUUCAUUGAAAAGAAAUAUUUUUCAGUUGCUUGUUAUUUUGAAUGGUGUACAUAAAGUGGAUUUCAGGCAAAAGAUAACAAGCUCUAUCAUGUCCAGCUUGUAAAACCAACCCCUCAGAACCUUUGAAGUUAUUUUUUCAUGGUUAUAGAUUUAAUGUACAUGUAUGUACAUUUUGCAAUUUUAUCCAAAUGUUGUUAUCCAAAUGUAUCCAAAUCAUGUCUUGGGGAGUUUUUGUAUGAGAAAAUGGUGUUGUUUUAAAAUCGGCUUAAAACUCUAUGAAAGUGAAGUUGCUCUAUGUUCACUUAUCAAUAAGUAUGAAUAAAAGAAACCUGAGUGAUUGUUUAAUCUUAUUUGAUAAGUUAUAUGUGUUUGCAGUAAGUGCAAUUUGUAUGAUGUUUUGAAAUAUACCCAAAACUGAAAUUUUGUCACUACUAGUAUGUCCUAUUAAUAAAUUUUUUGGCAUGUCUCAAUAA